AUGGACCGGCGCCCCGACACCCCUGAGGCCCCCGCGGCCCCCGCGGACCCCGAGGCGCCCAGGCCGCCGCCCGCGCGCGGUCCCCGCUGUCUCCGCUGGGCCCUGUGCGCCGCCUUGGCCGCGGGGCUACUACUGCUGCCGCUGUGCUGGGUCGGGCUGCUGGUCCGCGGCUGCGCGGCGCCCCCGACGCCGCCCCCCGAUGGCCUGCAGCCCUUCGGCGCCCAGGCUGGGUCCCCGGGAGCACCCGGUCAGGGUCAGGCAACAUUUGCCAAACUGCUGUCUAAAAAUGAGUCCCUGGCCAAUGGAACCCUGAGCUGGCGCAGCGAGGAGGGGCUGAGAGGCGUCUUCCGGUCCCCAGGCCUGCGCUACAAUGAGUCCAGUCAGGAGCUGGUGGUGGCGGAGGCCGGGCUCUACUUCCUGUUCUUGCGAAUGCAGCUGCGGCAGGUGCUGAGGGUGGACCCGCCGCCGCAGGGCCGGGUGUCGCUGACCCUUCAGCUGGAGCCGCCGCCAGCAGAGGAUGUCGACCUGACCCUGACCGUCAUGGUGCCUGCAGUGAGCUCCAAGGAUUCCGGUUCAAAUUCGGCCAAAGGCUUCUGGGGUCACUUGGUGCACCUCCAGGGCGGCCAGCGCCUCAGCGUCCGCCUGAGCGCUCACCUGUACGGAGGGGCCGGGGCACACCGGGCAUGGCAUCUGGCUCCCCACCCCGUCUUCAGCCUCUUCCGGGUGACCAGAGAUGUCCCAGGAGAGCUCUUCAUGUGACU